GCUGCAUCCUUGAGCCCUUGUAAAUGGGCGCGACUGGGGGGUGGCGUUGUUAGUGUUUUGACGUGCUGGGAGGUGGAAGGAGCAGGUUGAUCUCUGCUUCCUAUGCGCUGGAACUGAGCUGUGAACUGUAGCUGAAGAGAUAUAUUUAGCGCGAAGACUGUAGCCGUAGCGAACACUGCCGUACCUGCCUGCCUUCCCUCCGCGGUAUGCCGCCAUGGAUGUGAGCGUGAAAAUUGAAAAGAUGGACGUGGAGCUGAGUGGCGGCGAGGAGCCGCUGCCGACGGCGCCGGAGCCGCGGCCGGCCGGCGCCGGGAUCCGCCGGCAGCCGCCGCCGCCACUGCAGCUCCACCAGCCCGGCGCCGACGAGCCGGGCCCAGAGCGGCCGCUGGCCGCGCACGGCGGGCCGCCGCUGGCCGCCGCCGCCGUGAAGCGCCACAAGCCGAUCCCGCCGCCGCUGGACCUGCGCAUGCCGGCGUCGCCGCUGCUGUGCCCGCCACGCACCGCCAUCCCGGUCAUAUCGCCCAGCAGCCCGUACCACCAGAAAAACCUGCCCUUCCGCAAACGAGCGUUCAGCUGGAGUAACCUGAAGCUGGAGGACGGCGUGCCGUCGACCGUUGACCACGAGCUGCCUGAGGAGCCGCCGCUGUCGGCGCCGCCGCCGCCGGGCGCCGGACCGCUGCUCUCGCCGCGGCCGCUGAUCCGCGUGGACGCCACGUCUCGGUCCGUGCCGUGCACGCCGCACCUGGCGCUGCUGACGCCCAGCGCGCUGCUCAGCCCGGCGCCCAGCCACGUCAGCUCGUCGGCCGGCUCCAGCCAGGAGGAGAUCCGCACCGGCGACCGCUUCCUGUUUCCGCCGGCCGGCGUGCCUCCCGCCUCGCCGCACGCCUGGCACUCCUCCGUCUGGCACACCUUCAUGGCCGGUACCAAGAUCAGUUUCCACCUGUCGGAGCCGUACUGGAUGCCGGUCGAGGAGCUGGUGCGUCUGGACGGCUCGGCGGCGCCGUACGGCCUGCUGCUGCGCGCCGUGCACACGGACGUGGUCGGCGUGGAGCCGGACCGCUGCGUGCUCCACCUGCAGGCCGUCUACACGGGACAGCCAGAGUUCCUGGCCGCCUGCGCCGUCCAGCAGCCCUUCUUCGUGCAGAACGUCGGCUGGUCGUCGCUGUGCCCCGAGCAGACGUUCGAGCAGUACUCUGUGCCGUGCCGGGAGCUGCGCCAGGGCGACGUCUGUCUGACCAGCGGCGGCCCGCUCCAGUCGCCCCGGCCGCCGCUCUCCGUCGCCCACACGCCGCCCGGCUCGCCGGCCGCCCGCGUCGUGCCGCCGCCGCCCCCGCCCGGACCGGCCGGCGGCGGCCGCCCAGGAGCGCCGCCGCCCUCUCCCGCCGCCGCCUCCGCCGCCGCCGCCGCCGCCGACAAGCCCGUGAAGCCCAAGCGACCCAUGAACGGGUUCAUGCUGUUCGCCAAAAAGUACCGUGUGGAACUGAUCAACCAGCACCCGGGAAAGGACAACAGGGCCAUCAGUGUGAUGCUGGGGGAGACCUGGAAGGGCCUGCCGCCCGAGGAGCGCGAACGGUUCACCCAGCAGGCGCGCAUUCUUGCCGAGGAGAAGAAGCGCAUGUACCCCGACUGCUGGAAACGCAAGCGUUCCGUGUCAGCCAGCUGAGCGCUCGGCCGGCGCUGACGCCAGCCGGGAUCGCCGGCGUCGGCUGACGUCUGGGACGUCUGUGAUCAACCGGGCUUUCACACUGAUCGGUAAGGGCCGGCCGGCUCGGCGCUCUAGUGGCCACGGGCGGAGAUUGUAGUUGUCAGGCGGGUGUCAGUUGCCAGGCGGCGCUGGUGUCGCCGCCGGCGGGGCCCUGUUGCCUGUCGGGCGGGCCUCCCUGGCGCCCGGGGAGGCGGCCACACGGGUACGGUUUUAGCUCUGAGAGAGGCGACCCCGGGUCGGCCGCAGCACAAUGAUGAGAUUCCCGAACGAGCGAGAGAUAUGUUAUGCUAUACGGAGG